AGGUGGAGAGCACAUAGAGGUCGAUUUAGGAUAGAGCAGCGACACUGCGCGCCCGUGUGUGUGUCUCUAUCUUUACUUGGCUAUUAGAACAGAAGAAACUGCUGAAGUUAUGUAGGCCGUUGUUGACACUUGUGUUUGGAAAUGGCAUUGUUAUUGCGUCAUCCGUUGAGCAAAUUCACCUUCGAUCCCAAUGAUACACUAACUAGGAGGGGUAUCACUGCACGAAAAUGUAAGCAUUUGAGGCCAUUUCAAUGUGUGCAAACAGAGGAUAGCCGGCGCAUUGUCGUCAAGAAUGGGAACGAUUCAUUGGAAAUUUGCCGGGUUGUGAAUGGGACGUGGCAAACGAGCGGUGGAUGGGGCAGAAUUGAUGCAGAUAAUGCAGUUGAUGAUAUGCUUAAAUAUGCUGAUGCUGGGCUCACCACUUUUGAUAUGGCUGAUAUAUAUGGACCUGCUGAAGACCUUUAUGGCAUUUUCAUCAAUCGAGUUCGUCGUGAGCGCCCACCUGAAUUCUUGGAAAAGGUCAGAGGUCUCACCAAGUGGGUGCCACCGCCCGUUAAGAUGACCAGUAGCUUUGUGAGAGACAGCAUUGAUGUUUCGCGAAGAAGAAUGGAUGUCGCUUCCUUGGACAUGCUUCAGUUUCAUUGGUGGGAUUACUCGAAUCCUGGUUACUUAGAUGCACUAAAACACCUCACAGACUUAAAAGAAGAAGGUAAAAUCAAGACUGUUGCCUUGACAAAUUUCGAUACUGAGAGACUGCAAAUAAUUCUUGAAAACGAGAUUCCGGUUGUAAGCAAUCAGGUGCAACAUUCAAUUGUUGACAUGCGUCCCCAACAGAAAAUGGCAGAGCUUUGUCAGCUUACAGGAGUCAAACUUAUAACGUAUGGAACAGUAAUGGGUGGUCUACUGUCUGAGAAGUUCCUUGACACCAACAUAACUAUUCCGUUUGCCGGUCCUCCAUUAAACACUCCCUCCCUCCAGAAGUACAAAAGGAUGGUAGAUGCUUGGGGAGGAUGGAGUCUGUUCCAGGGCCUACUUCGGACACUCAAACAAGUGGCUUCGAAGCAUGGGGUUUCGAUAUCAACUGUUGCUGUUAAGUACAUACUCGAUCAGCCCGCUGUAGCAGGAUCAAUGAUUGGUGUCAGACUUGGCCUGUCUGAACAUAUUCAAGACACGAGUGCCAUCUUUUCGCUUGUUCUUGAUGAGGAGGACGUUAACAGCAUAAAAGAAGCCUCAGGGAAAGGAAAAGAUCUGCUUAAAGUGAUUGGUGAUUGCGGAGAUGAAUACAGGCGUGCAUGAUCACUUGGCAUAUCAACCACAACCUGGCCUAUGUUCUCGAUUGCAUAGAAGAGAAAGUUAAAAGGACAAAUAUAUAUAUAAAAAUAUAAAAUCUUUAGCCCCAUGUGACUUUCGUCAUGUUUCGUGUAAUACACAGAAAAUGUUAUCCCAUUAACGCUCACAUUUGUGUUAACAACAGAGGAAUUAGUACUUUAUGUUUUCAUGAACUAGGCUUCUAUGUC